GAUGACGUAUUAGUCGUAUAAUUGUGAUGGUGGUGGUCUGUAGUUGAAAUGGCUACUUGUAAUUUCUUAUUGAAAUAACUAAUUUAACUAUUAUUAUUCUUACCGUGAUAAGUGGUAAUUUUUUGGGACAAAAUACGGAUCGGCAGUGUUUUUUUAUGAGAGAACAGUGAAGUAUUGAUGUAUUCACAGAAAUACGUUCAUUUAUUUUUGUAGAUUAAGUAAGCUGUUUACUUUUUAAAUAGAUCCUUUAAAAAAUGGAUACCAAUGUGACUGAAGUAUAUGAGACCAUUGAAAGUAUAGAUGUAAAUAAACAGGUCCCAUAUCAACAGAAUAUGGAUUUUUCACAAGAAAAUUUUACAAUGGGAUCUCAAAUGGAAAGUGAUGGAUUUCCUCUAGAAGAUGGUGAACAAUACAAUGCACAACCUGAAACUGCUCAGUGUAAUUCUUCUGACCAACCUAAGGAAUAUCAGGAUCCUGGUCUUGAAAAUCCAUCUAAUCAGUCUUGUACAAUUGAAGAAACAGAUAUACAACAGUCUUAUAAUACCACAGAAGAGACCAAAUUGAAACAAUCAUCUACCAUUAAUGGACUAAAUGAAGACCAAACAGUAGCAAUUGUUGAACCUGAAGUUGCUGAAAUAACUGCAGAUAGUAUUAAUGAAGAAAACUUAACUGAAGCCCCUGUUGAAAGUAAUGAAGAAGCAAUUGGUGUUAGUGUUAAUUUGAUAAAUCAAACAGCUGAAGACAGUAUUAAUCCAGUUGAAAGCAGCACUGAUUCUGGUGUAGAUAAUACUGAUCUAGUUGGGAGCUCUACCAACACAAUUAAUAGUAAUACUGAGCCUGUUGGUGAAAAUACUGAUCCAAUUGAAAAUACUAUUAAUCAAGUUGAGGGUAUUAUUGAAGAUUCUCUUAUUGAAACUGAUCUUGCCCAUUCUGAAGAUAUAUUGGAAAACAUUGAAAACAGUAAUGAAUCAAAUACCAUUAAUGAAAGUAUAGUGAAAGAUACUAUUGAUGAAUACACUGAAAAAACUGAUGAAGUAAUCAAUAAUAAUACAGAAAAUGAAAUACUAUCUGCCAUUGAGGAUAAUGCAGAUUCAACUGAGGAGAUAAUUCGUUUAGAAAUAGAGGAGGAAAGCCCUUUGAAACCCAAUGAAGAGGCUGAAGGUGAUACAGCAGAACAUAUUGAGUUGACCCAGUUAAAUGCAUACGAAGGUGUAAUGGAUUCACAGGAUCAGUAUAUGGUAGUUCAAACGUCCUCAUCGGUAGAUUUAUCAGCUCAAGAAGACCCUGACGAUUCUUCUGUACAGCUAGUGGAAGUUUAUGAAGAAACCCCAAGAGAUAAGCAAGAUAAAGUGCCCCAGAAAAAACCAAGAAGGACUCGUAAACCUAUUCACGAAUUACCCAUGCAUCUGAUAGGACAUGACAUUUCAAAACCAGUUGAAAGUGUUCCAAAUGGUAGGGCUUUGCCAAAACCUCGUCUAGGAGUCAAGGUACCUUAUCUCAAUUUGACCAGCCAAAUAGUCUCCAAAGCAGAAUUAGAGGAAGAGAUUUUGGAACGUUCUAGAGCAAAAGAGCAAGCUAAUGAAAAUAAAUUUGCCAGAGGAUUAACACAACGUCUAGCAAAUAAGUUAGCUCCGGACGAUAAUAAAAAGUACACAAUAUCUAAAGAAAACAAUAAAAAACCCGAUAAAGUGAAAAAAGACACAAUCAAAAUGGAAACAAAAAGUGAAGGAUCUAAUAAUUCUAUUAAUGUGGAUGAAUCCAAGAUCCAGAACGAUGAUGAUUUGUUGGCCAUUUUGGAAGGAGAUGGGGAAGAAAUACCACUGAUGGAAAAAGUUCAGGAUCCUGCAGUUGACGAUAGCAACUUGAAAUUGAUAGAACGUGAAAUAGCUCUGCAACAACUUCAAGAACUUCCACGUCAACUUCCAAAAGAAAGGAUAAUUAAACCAAGAUUUCCAAGACAGGAUCCUAAAGCAAAAACUGCAAAUACCACUACGAAAAUUUCUGCUUCUAAACCAAGUUCUCCUGUAAAAUCUGACACACAAUCUAAAACUGAAACUGGUCCAGCUGCUAAGACAGAUACUACAAUAAAAAAAUCUAUUUCUUCUAUAGAUUUGGACGUUCCACUUCCCGUGAAAAAACUCGUUGAAAUAGAGCCCCAAGUAAAAGUUAACAUGGUAUUGAAAACUUAUUCAAGGAAACGGAAACCGACGGAUAUGCCAGAAUUCGAAAGUUCAUCUCCUAAAAAAUCUUCAUUUGAAGAUCCAGAUUCGAAUGAGAUCUUUGAAAUGAAAAACGACCCAUUAGCACUACCGACAGACGUUUAUGUCACGAAAAGUUCCAGGGUUAUUAAAAAGAAAGUUAUAUGGGAUCCCGAUGAUGACCAACAUUCAAAAAGCCCGAGACCUUCAUUAAAAGUUCCUGAUAGCAAUAAAACUUCAACUCCUAAGAUCACAAAAUCGGUAUCUAGUGAAAAACUCGAAAAAAUUGAUAAGAUGCCAACAGUAAUUCAAACGGAGAAGAGUAAAGAAUCGAAAGAGAAACAGUCCGAGAAAAGUGAAAAAAAUUCACCAAAGAAAGUCGUCAGUAAAACUAAGCUUACUCCAAAAUCUAAGAGAGGUCUUUCUGAAGUUGAUAAAUUGCUAAUGGACGAAGGAGCGAUAAAAAUGUUAUACGAACUCAAAGGUUCUGAUGAACAUUUGGCUAAGAAGAAGAAGGAUGUAUAUUCAGUAGAAAAAGCCGAAAAGGAGUUACUCAAAAGAGCCAAUGUUCUCAAAAACGAUCUAGUACAAAAUACCAGUAACGAAUCUCCAAAAUCGUUGAGGAAAAAAGAAAGCGCGCUGAACACUUCUCCUCCUGUUAAACAACCACCAGCCAUAAUUGAAAGGAAAAUGUCCAAAGAUUCGACGAAAAGUUCCGUCCACACACCACCGAGAUCCCCAACUUUCUACUCGUCACAAGCAUCGAUGUUGAUAAGAAGAAGAUCCAGCAGUUCUAUAUCGAGUGAUGAAGAACUAGAGGAAAAUAAAGUAAGUUACAAGUCAUUGAAGACUCCAAAGAAAUUGGACUCUUCAAAAUCGAGAAAACAAAAAAGGAACACUACUAGUGAGAGCGAGUCCAGUGUCAAAGAAUCAAAAGAAAAUUCUACAGAAUCCAUACCGAAGGCAAUGAAAGGGGCACAGUAUAAAUCAUUUACAAUGAAGAAAUCUGGUAAACAUGUAUCCAUAGAUUUGCGUUAUGUUGAUGACAAAGGUUACUUUACCAUCGAUGUUUUGGCUGAUCUUACUGCUGCCUUAAAGAAGCUAGAAAAAGAUAAGGAAUGUAACGUGGUAUCGCUCACAUCUUCGAGCACAGCUUUUUGUUUAGGUCUCGAUUACACAUCUUUGGUAACAGAUGAUAAAAAAGAAAGGAUAGAGAAAGCGACUACUUUAGCAGAAAGCGUUAGGGACUUCUUAUUGAGUCUCCUCCACUUUCCAAAAGUUAUAGUUGCUGGCAUACAGAGCGAUUGUGUAGGAAUAGGAGUAACAAUGUUAUCUCUAUUUGACACUGUUAUAGCUAGUGAUAAAGCCAUAUUCAGAACUCCUUACGCCAGUUUAGGAUGUAUGGGAGAAGCCACAUUCCUUUUAACAUAUCCCCAUGUAAACAAUUGUGGAUUGGCUGCAGAGUUGUUAUACGCUAAUCAACAUUUAAAAGCCGACGAAGCGUUUAAACGUGGACUGAUCUCAAAGUUAUGUUGGCCCGAAAAGUAUAAAGAUACGUUGGAUAAUUUCGUUUCGUCUGUUGCGCAAGGAUCUCGACAGAGCUUGGAAACUACAAAAAGACGGUUCCGAGUGAACGGACAGGAUCGGAUCGAAGCAGCUAUAAAGGACGAAAUGGAAAUUCUGAUCCAACAUUGGACGAGUUCAGAAUGUCAGGAUAAAUUUUCGAAAAUCGAAAAGUAGAAUUGGAAUAGUACUUGUUGAAUAUUUGGAUUUGCGGUACAAAACAAAAAUUUAUUGUAGUAAUAAAGUGUGAAAAGGAAAAUGCUUCAAACAAAAAUAUUUUUUUAUAUUUUCAUAAAGUAGAAAUUAAGUCACCAUAUUGAAUAAUAUCCUUUUUUUUGGGUAUUAUUAUCUAGAUUAUAUAGUAGUACUAAAUAAUUGUUUGUUUUUAGUAUAAUUGAAAUAUUAAAAUUUGACUGUUUUUUAGCACGGUAGCCAAAACAAAAAUAUUUCCAAAGAUCGGUGCAAUUCUUUAAACAGCAUAAUAAAACUGUCUAAGAUGUGUUAACAGAAAUUAACACAAUAAAAUAAUUAUUAGUGUGUUUCAAGAAAGUUGCAGUGAGCUUAAAAAGAAAUUUAACUUGUUAUAAAGUUUGCAAUAAUCUUAGAUAUAAAUUUAUAAUUCAAAUCUUUAUAGUAUAACAAGUGAAACUACUUUUUUUACUGAAUUUAAUCUUGUUCUUUCUGUGGACUUCCAGCCUGACUCACUUAAUUAGCAACUUUUAUACUGUCUUCAUUUUAUUGAUCUCUAACAAUUGAAAUUCGUUUUACAAAUUCCGGCUCGAAGGACCAGCGCUGUGUAUAUAGCUGGAAACCUCUCCUUUCAGCUCUUCGUCGGUUGUGAAAUGCAUCCCUCCCAAUAGUUUUUUUAAGUCGGGGAAGAAAUCCUAACCCCCCUGGUGGUCAAGUCUGGGCUGUAAAGGGGAUAUGACACUAUUUAAAUCACUGUUGAUGUGAUUCGUGGGGUGUGCGGUUGCAGUCCAUUUGUGAGCAUGCAUCUUCUCUUGUUUUGAAUCGUGCGCUGAAGGUCCUUCAACGUCUGUCGGUAGUGGUCCGCAUUAAUUGCACCGGUACGCAGGAAUUCGCACAACAACAACCCUUUCCUGUUCCAAAAGACCCUCGCCAUCACCUUGUUGGCAGACAGAAUUGGUUUAAACCUCUUUGGCUUCGGCUAGCUUGGAUUUUUCCACUGAUGGGAUUUUUCUUUUGUUUCCGGUGUCAGGUAAUGGACCAGAUUUCGUUCUCAGUGACGACAGAGUCCAAAAAUUCCCCGCUAUUUUUGUGGACAUGACUCACUUAAUUCUAUUACCUAAGCAGCGAUUUUUAUAGUGUACCCAAUUUAUUGAUCUCGAACAAUUGAUGUUCGAUUUAUAUAUUCCGGCUCGAAGGACCAUCUUUACGUUAUUUACUAUCUAAAAUUAUAUAGUAUCUGUCAUUGGAUUAUACGAGGCUUGUCUAAAUAGUUUGGUUUUAUUCUUUCUUCAUAUUUACAUGGAUUUUUUCCAUAUUAUGUACUUUUGUUAGUACGUCCCUUUAUUAUUUGUUUAGGAUGCUUGACCUCGUUAUAUUUAUACUUUUUAUAAAUUAUUUUUAAUAGAACGGUGAUUAUAUUAGUUAUUUAAGUUAGUCAAUAAAAACCGGCUUGAAGGACCAAUAAGUUUUUUGAAUUGAUCAAAACUAAACAGUUUUAAUAAUUUGUUUUUAUAAAAUCUUUCAACAUUAUUUUAUAUUUGUCAUUUGAAUAUAUACAAUGAUUCGUUUUUACAUAUUACAUCUUUUUAUUAAAAUGAUAAUUUUUAAUGAACACUUUGGCUGCGUCUUCAUUUAAUAUUUGUUACUAAAUUUGACCUGUUCAUAUUGAUACUUUUUAUAAUUAAUAAGGUUUUAAAACUUUUUUGUUUGCUCUCAACAUAUGGGCAGAUGUAAAUUCCUGAUAUAAUAAAAAUUAAAACUAUUUCUUCCUCCCAAACGAAAUUAUCUUUUAUUAACCUUUAAUGUCAUCCGUAUAUCUUCUUGUGAACUUCCAGGUUGAUUAAAUUCUUUUGUUUUAUCCGAAAAGUAUAAUUUCUGUACUUGUAUCUAUAGAAUCCGGCUCAAAGGACCAAUAAUGUUCUACAUAUUUUUAUUUUUGUGAAGUUAAAGCUUACUGUACAUUUCCGAAAUACAUUGUAGGUAUUAGGUUGUGUAAGUAUCAUAUUUUCCAUCUUUAUGUCUUGGUUAGAAAAGAAAAUAUGUUCCUAUAAGUUGCUAUGCAUGCUACAUAUAUUUGAAAACGAAUUUUAAAGUUUGACAAUUUUUUAGGAACAUAUUUUACUACAAUAGUGUGUGAUUUUCUAUUUUGGUACAAAUUGUUUUCUUUUAUCCUACAGGAUAGUUAUAUCGGACAUAUUUAGUUAAAGGGGUCAGUAAAAAAAGAAAUAACAAAUAGUUUCUCUCUAAAUUAUAUAUUAUAGCAUUUUACACAUUUUAUACAAAGUGAUUAGAAAGUUGGGAAUGGUCGUGUCAUUCAAAAUCUUACCUAUACUGAUAUGCUGAAAAUUUUCUAUAAUUGAUUUUUUUAGGAAAAUCGCUAUCAUCAAACUAGCUGUUUAGAUCAAUGCAUUUUUCCAUCUUCUUUAUGCCGGAGUCGAUAGCUUGAAACCUCUUCUUUCAGCUGCUUUAAUUCAAAGAGAUGAAUCACUGGGGACCAGGUGUGGACUGUAAGAGAUUGAGAGACAUUAUUCCAUCUAAAUCUGUUGAUAUUAUCAAUUGGAACACGGACGGUGUUGUCCUGAUGGAGACGCUUGUUGUGCUGCUAAGCAGGUAUAACUACAACCCUUUCCUGUCCCAAAAGACACAUCGGUUUUGUUUUCACGCGUUGCCGUUGUGUUCAAAACUUGCUGACACCGGGGAUCAUCUCGCUGGGGUUUCGAAUCGUCACCCUUCGAUCUUAAGCAAUUACUCGUCCAGAGAAUGAACGUUGUAGACAGCUCGCAGCCUAACCAGCGUUCUAACGUCCAUAGCUUCUUGAGAACCUAAGUUUUUGGUUUUGUCUUGUAACAGUGAAAUAAAUGUUCAUGUUCUAUUCGUCCAGAAAAUCUUCUAAAAACUGUAGUCUGUCCAUCAAUAUAUUGAAAUAGGUGUCUCAAAGGAAUUUCAUUUGCAUAUAGUAGACAAAUUAUACAUUGCAAGGGUCUUCUCAGCCUAUUUUUUAAUAUUUUCAUGACUCCAGAUUUACCAUUCAUAGUAUAAUCACAUUACCCCCAUAAAACAAACGUCUAUCUAAAAAUAAAUAAAAACUGAUAAUAAGCUUGGAUAUUCAAUUUUAAAAUUAAAAUAAAAAUAUUUUUUCGUUAUGUGGAUGAAAAAAGGAACAAAAUUUUCACUACGAAACGAUAUUUGAGACUUCGUUUACAAUUUCCACCCUAAUGGUUAAGCAAUACUAGGUCAUCUUUGAUACAAAAUAUAUUUUGUGUACUGGUAAUCUUAAUAUAAUUAAACCUUCAGUUUUGAUUGGUAAUUUGUUUUAGAUGUAAUGGGUUGAGGGUUGACAUUCCUGGUGUUUAGUGGUUGGACGUUGAUACCAUUUCCUUUAUUAGCUCGGGUUAUUUCGAAGCUAUCUGUUGAACAGUUUUUAAUGUUAAAGAUUCACAGUAAUUUUUUGAAUCACAUGACUGUUACCGUAGUUUCUAAAUUUACAUAUAUGCUUGUUAAUUCAAUGAUUUGUUAUUUUAUUGGUAUCAAUAAAUAGAUUGUACA